AUGGGUCGCCAGCCUGCGGUCAAGCCUCUUCCAUACGGAAACUACUCUAUUAUUGACUUCGACACGGGAGGAAGAUCCAUGCCUGCACGUUAUAGCUCUGGUGUGCAGUUAUGUUCCGAGGGAAAUGGGUCUAUGAGCUCAACUAAUACCUCCGGAAGCCGCUCGAAAGCUUGGUAUUCAAGAUCUCUACGCCUUGCAACAGCCGAACCAGUCUUGGUUCGCACAAGUCUCAGCGCUAUGCAACCCAGUCGUGGGCAUCAGCACAUCAGGCACAUGCUAGAGACUACAGAAGGGUUUAUUGAAGCACACAGACACUUUAUGUUAGGCAAGAGCUUUACCAUCGACUUCCAGGUGACUGUAAGACUGCUGUUCAGCCACUCUCCACAGCUGAUGGUCGAUGCCUAUUCCGGUGCGCUCGAGUUGAUGAAACAACGGAAGACGCAGAUUAAAGAACGCAGUGACCCUGAUCUAACCAUUGGCUCAAGCUGCCUCAGAUCUCUGAGGGUAGCCUCAAUGUCCAUUAAACAUAUGCAAGAUGCCACAGUCGUCAUCAUGCUCGGACAAAUAAUGGCAGUCUACAACAUCCUAAUACCAUGCCCAUCUACACACACAAUUGUGCGCAGCACCUUGUUGAGCGUCAAGGAGUGGUAUCCGUCUCUAUUGCAGCAGCCAGAGAUGGAUUCCGUCACUCUAACCCCUGUCCUAGUAGACACUAUCGAAUGUCUGGUUCGGCGAGACAUGCCAAUCAUCCGGAUUCCGCACACCAACCGAUGUAUUGUCGAUAGAUGCAUUGGCAUUUGUGCGUCCCUCCUGACGCUUUUUUAUGAUUUGUGCGAAAUAAGCUAUCAGGUUAAAAUGCGUGAUCAUGCUGUCGCGGCAGCCCAAUGGGACGAUCCCUACGCCGAGAUCGAAGAGAAGAUAUGUGCUUGGACGCCAGUAUUGCCCCCUCACUUCUUCUCUCAAUAUUCCAGCACAGAGGUCACUACGAUGUUGACGCAGGCACGGCUAUAUCGUAUCACAGCUUUACUCGUCAUUCAUCGCCUGCGCUUUCCCGUUGGAAUCGAGGACACCACUGCUCGCUCAUAUGCCGAAAGCAUUUUGAACGAGCUACGCAUGGUAGUGGCAUGGCAACCUGACGAGUUUCUUGGGCUAGCAGUAGACUUUCCAUUGUUAGCCGCCAUGGUAGAAAUGCCGGUCUGCGGGGAGGAAAUUCUCAGAGUCGUCGAGCCGCGAAGGUUACGCAAGGCCCCUACUGAAGAAAUUUUGAAGUUUGUCCGACACGUCAGAAAGUCCUACGAGAUGGGUUAUGGUGGGUUGUGGCUAGACUUGACCAGUGACGAACUUUUAGGAGUGAUUUUACCUUAA